GCGCCGGGGAAGCCCCCGCGAAGGGAAGCCGCCUUUUGCACCCCGGGCCGGCCUUGCCUUGCCUUGCCGAGCGUGGUCUCCGGGGCCGGGCGCCGGGUUGCAUGGGCGGCCGCCCCGCCCCGCUCGCUCGCCCGGCAUGAGCAUCUCCAUCCCGGAGGGGCUGCGGGAGCUGCUGCAGAGCUUCACCCUGGAGGUGCUGCGGAGCCAACCGGCCGACCUGCUCGACUUCGCCCUCCGCUACUUCCAGCGCCUCAAGGCCGAGGCCGGAGGAGGAGGAGGAGGCGCCCGUUGCAACGCCGGACCCGAGCGGGGGAGCCGCCCGCAGCUCGACGGCGCCCCCGCCGAGGCCCGCGGGGUCAACUUCUCGCCUCAGCCGCUGCAGCAGCAGCACAGCCCCUCCGACAGCAGCCCCGAGGAGGAGGAGGAGGAGGAGGAGGAAGAGGAGGAGGAGGAGGAGGAAUUCGCCGCUCCAGUGAUUAACCGGUUCACGAGACGAGCAUCAGGUGAGUUCCCAAAUUUAAAUCUUCACCCAUCAAGCUCUCAGGUUCCCUUGCUGCUGACCCUUACUCCCACACCUCCUCCUCAUCCGAUUUGGCUGCUGGAAGGGCUGGCGGCCGAAAGGCCACAACAGGAGUACCCAUAA